AUGAAGGUUGACGUGGUGGGGACGACGCUGGUGGCGCCGAGCGGGGACACGCCGCGCCGGGAGCUGUGGCUGUCGAACCUGGACCUGGCCGUGCCCAAGACGCACACGCCGCUCGUGUACUACUACCCGGCACCGGCGGCCGCCACGGACACGGAUGAUGGAGCGGCCUUCUUCGCGCCGGAGCGGCUGGAGGCGGCGCUGGCCAGGGCGCUGGUGCCGUUCUACCCGCUGGCGGGGAGGCUGGGCGUGGGCGAGGGCGGGCGCCUGCACAUCGACUGCAACGCCCAGGGCGCGCUCUUCGUCGUCGCCAGGGCCGACUUCGCCGGCGAGGACGUGUUCGGUGACGACGGCUACGAGCCGUCGCCGGAGGUCAGGCGGAUGUUCGUGCCGUUCGCGGCGUCCGGCGACCCGCCCUGCGUCAUGUCCAUGUUCCAGGUGACGUUCCUCAAGUGCGGCGGCGUGGUGCUGGGCACGGGCAUCCACCACGUGACCAUGGACGGCAUGGGCGCGUUCCACUUCAUCCAGACCUGGACCGGCGUGGCGCGGGGCCUCGACGCCGCCGACGCGUGCGGCCCGCUGCCGCCGUUCCACGACCGGACGCUCCUCCGCGCGCGCUCCCCUCCGACGCCGGCCUUCGACCACCCGGUCUACUCGCCGGCCCUGCUCAACGGCCGCCCCCGCCCCUUCGUCACCCGCGUGUACGCCGUCUCCCCGAAGCUCCUCGCCGACAUCAAGUCCCGCUGCGCGCCGGGCGUGUCCACGUACUGCGCCGUCACCGCGCACCUGUGGCGCUGCAUGUGCGUCGCGCGCGGGCUGGCGCCGGGCUCCGACACGCGGCUCCGCGUCCCCGCCAACGUCCGCCACCGCCUCCGGCCGCCGCUCCCGCGGAGCUACUUCGGCAACGCCAUCGUGCGCGACCUCGUCGUCGCCCGGGUUGAGGACGUCCUGGCCCGCCCGCUCGGGUUCGUGGCGCAGGCCAUCAGGGACGCCGUGGACCGCGUCGACGACGCCUACGUGCGCUCCGUCGUGGACUACCUGGAGGUGGAGUCGGAGAAGGGCUGCCAGGCGGCGCGCGGGCAGCUCAUGCCGGAGUCCGACCUCUGGGUGGUCAGCUGGCUCGGGAUGCCCAUGUACGACGCCGACUUCGGCUGGGGCACGCCGCGGUUCGCCGCGCCGGCGCAGAUGUUCGGCAGCGGCACGGCCUACGUGACGCAGCGCGCCAACAAGGAUGACGGCAUCGCCGUGCUCUUUGCGCUGGAGCCCGAGUACCUGCAGUGCUUCGCGAAGGUGUUCUAUGGGGAGUGA